AAGUAAUUCGGCUCGGCAUAAAUAAGCCCAAAUAAACCGUACGCCAAUGCUUCAGCACAAGCGUAGACCUACAAUGUUAUUUAUGAUUAUUAAUAGUACCGGUAAAUGUAUUAAUUAUGCAUUCCUUGUGUAAGAAUCAGCCACUAUACAUUGUACGCAAGUCGGCACUACAACUAAAUACGUGAAAUAAAGUCAAGAAAAUCGAUUCUCCCGCAUUUGAUGCAUCGUCAACCGGUGGUUGCUCCUGUUGACUGAACAAGGCAUAGCCAUCAUUCGAUGGGAGACGGUAGCCUUCCCACCACGGAGCCGCUACUGCUCACAACUCCGGCCGUGUUGACCGGAACCAUCGAGCCGGGUGACGGGGAUGAGGGAGGGGGCUCACAGCCCUCCGAGCGGUUCGAGGUUCCGUUCCUCUUCGUCGUCUUCGUCCUAGGUGUAGUGGGGAAUUUCUUCGUGCUUGUUGUCUACUCCCGGAAGAGGUACCGGCGCUCAAACGCCGCUCUGUACAUUCUCAACCUUGCACUGGGUGACAUGCUUGCUCUCACGGUUGUCUUGUUCCACAUCACCGAGUUCUUCAAGGUCACCUGGCCCACCCUCUGGCGGACCGACCUGCAGUGCAAGGUGCACCGCUACUUCCGGUUCGUGGCCUUUGACCUGACGGUCUUCAACAUGGUUGCCAUAGCGAUCGACCGCUACUUCGCCGUGGUGCAUCCGCUGCGCUUCCGGCUAAUGUUCACCGCCCGUCGGACCAAGGUCAUCUGUGUGGUCAUUUGGGUCCUGGCCUUCAUGGCGGCCAUACCCACGCCUUUCAUGUUCAAGGCGAUCUACAACAACGACACCUCUUUGGGCACUGUCACCUACACAGGGAAACUGCCAUUUGCUUGUAAGGUGAUCACGCCCUUCGGGCCUUGGUGGCCCGAGUUUAAGAGCAUCUACCUGAACAUUGUGCUCUUUUACGUACCCACCAUCCUGACAGCAGUCAUCUACGUCAUCAUCAUUGUCACCAUUAAAAGAACCAUCAGGCCACUGAAGAAAACCACCAACGGUCGGUCGGCAGACGCCGCCAACGUCAGCCUCCACCAGCGGUUCAAUAGCUGGAAGUCGGCCCGGACGCUGCUGGUGGUCUUCGUGGCGUACGUGGUGUGCUACGGUUUCUUCGCCACGUACAACGUGCUGUUCCGGUACGCCAAGGGACUGUCCGUCCCGCCGGAACUGUACAACCUGGCCCUGCUGCUGCCCUUCGCCAACAGCUGCAUGAACCCCAUCAUCUACUCGUUCAUUACGGCCAGUUUUCGCAAGGCGUGCAGGGAGCUGUUGUGCCGCCGCGGCCGGCGGACGGACAGAUUCUGCAGGGACACGGCGAGUAGGGAUGACGCCCUGGGACAGCCUGUGGUUUUGAAAUUGAAAGCCAUGAAUACCGACAACUACUCAAAUAGCGUGUCAUUUUUCUAGGCCGGCCUCAGGUCGACCCAAGAUUUGCUUGCACCCCGACGGAACCGUCGGCAGCCAGCACACAAAUUAUGCUAAGCUCACAAAACUGCGAAAUCGUGUGAUUGUCGCGGAACAUGUCGCAGAAGUUGAAACUUUUCUACUCUUGCGACUGUUGAUAUAGACGGAUCGUAACUCGGGCACAGCUUCAUCCUGAAAAAAGUCAGUCGCCGACUGAUCUGUAUCGUCGCAUACUUCCCUAUCGUCGACAGCCACCAUUUUGACACGGGUUCGAUUCCUCAAGGACCUUAUUCACGAGGACGCCAUUUUGGUCGUGUUCCCUGAAUAUAUUGUGUAAAUUGUGAACUGUUGAAUGGGAUGGUGCUGCCAGACUAUUUUUACAUUCAAGCCUCACUUUUUAUUUUUUUUUAAAUGUUGCUUAAAACAUUGGGAUAUGUUUUCAUCACAAAUUUAAAAAUUAGUGACAUCAGGGGUGAUCCUCCAUUCCUUCAGAAACUUUCGGUUGCAGCACGCGCCUUCCGCCGCUGUCUCCAGCGCUGUAUCGACAUUCUGAAAGUGAGUAUUUGUUUUCGUAUGGCGUUAAAUCUAACCCUCUUGCACAAAACUGAUGACUUAAAAUUUGUCAUUCCUUUUUUACGUCCAACAUUUUUGGUUUAAUUCCAUUGGCAUUCACAACAAAGUCAAUUAUGAUCAAAAGAAGGCCUUUUUUUACCGGUAGUAGAUACCACACCGUGUUAAUGGUGCUAGAGUCCUUGAGCAGCACACUUUGUCACAAUACAAGGAGUAUAUGGACACCUGUGACCAAUGAGAACUUUUAUCUUAUAGCGAAAUAUAAUGACCUACCUCGGGAGGUUUGUAUAUGAAUAAUACAUAAAAAGAUGUUUUGAUGUUUUUACGUCCCAGAAAAAUGUUUAAAUUCCUGGUUUUUGUAUUCAACAUGCAAGUUAUGGGUACUGCUGUACUAUUUUAAGGUGAUAAAGAAAUUGUAUUCUAAUUGUUCAUAUGUGUAUAUGUUUUUGUAGUUACACUCGGGAAACACUGAUCAAAUAUUUUAAUAUCUUUCUAAACUGCUUUUAGUGUAAAUUAUCAUGUUAUCGGAGUUUGAAAUUAAAGUUUACUGUAUUCAUUUUUAA